AUGGCGGCGGCGGCGGCGGCAGCGUCGAUGCAGAGCUGUAGCCCCGCCGGAGAGGCGGCGGUGCUAAACCAAAGCGUCGGGACCCCCGCACCUUCGGACCGGGCUAAACUGGAGGAAGGGACAGAGGCGGAGAAGCAGAGUCGUGUGAAUGCUUUGCUGGAGCGAUUGCAUGCUAAGCAUGUGUCUCGACCCUGGCAGGAAACCAGUAAAGUCGUGCGACAGGCAAUGGAAAAGCGAGGUGCGAUGAGUUCAGAUGGACAUCAGCUCCUGCUUACAUGUUUAGAGACACUACAAAGAGCACUAAAGGUGUCCUCGCUGGCCUCUAUGACUGACCGCCUGGAGUCUAUUGCUCGUCAGAACAUGUUGGGCUCCCACCUGAGUCCCUCAGAAACGGAGUGCUACAUCACCUCCGACAUGUUCUACGUCGAAGUUCAGCUGGACACAGUUGGUCAACUGGUGGACGUCAAAGUAGCCCACCACGGCGAGAACCCUGCGAGCUGUCCAGAGCUGAUCCAACAUCUAAGAGAGAAAAACUUUGAGGAGUUCUCCAAACACCUGAAGGGUCUGGUCAACCUGUACAAGCUUCCUGGGGACAACAAACUGAAGACCAAAAUGUACCUGGCCCUGCAGUCUCUGGAGCUGGACCUCACCAAGAUGAUGCACAUGUUUAGGCUGGCCACCAACGCGAGCACCGUGGAUAUGGUCCUGCAUGGCAGCGUAGGCGCACUGACGGCCCGGAGCGGCGGGCACCUGCUCUCCCUGCAGUGCUAUGUCUCGCCGUACGACAUCUUCGAGGAGGGCAUGGGCACUCAGCUCUCCUUCACGGAUGCGACUGUCCCUCGCUCCCUGGGUGUGAGCGUGUCCGUAACCGUGGAGGGAACGUCGUCGAUCUACAAACUUCCCAUUGCUCCUCUCAUCACAGGAUCCCACCCUGUGGACAACAAAGGGACUCCAACGUUUUCGCCAGUGACAAACUCCAACUGUGUGGAUCUGCCAGCGUGCUUCUUCCUGAGGAUGAACUGCCCCAUGCCUUUCUCCCCAUCCUUCAUUCAGAAAAUGGCCAACGUAACAGGUAUCCCUGUGUUUGAGUCUGCUCCAGCCUUGUCUCCGCUAUAUGACCUCAUCAUUAAGAGCCAGCUCCGUGAUGACGAGAACGUCAGUUCUGCAGCGUCUGCCGUGUCCAUGCGCUUCUAUGCUUCAUUACCAGGGCAGCAGCACUGUUACUUCCUGAAUGGGAAUGCCCCAGUGCAGGAUGGGAGAUCUCUGCAAGGGGCUCUCGUGUCUAAAAUUCCAUUCAGGCACCCUGCCCACGUGCCUGCCCUGCUGGACAUCAUACGCCAUCAGGCCGCUUACAACACCUUGAUUGGCAGCUGUGUCAAAAAGACCUACAUAAAGGAAGACAACCCAGGACUGCUGCAGUUUGAAGUGUGUCCACUGACCGACUCCAGUUUCAGUGUGUCCUUCCAGCAUCCCGUGAACGAGUCUCUCGUUUGUGUGGUUAUGGACGUAAUUGACUCCAGGCAGGUGGCCUGUAAGCUCUACAAGGGCUUGUCUGAUGCUUUGAUCUGCACGGAUGAAUUCAUUACUAAAGUGGUGCAGAGAUGCAUGUCCAUCCCUGUGACGAUGAGAGCUAUCCGACGCAAAGCAGAGACUAUCCAGGCAGACACCCCUGCUUUGUCCCUGAUAGCUGAAACAGUGGAGAUAAUGGUGAAGAAGAACCUGCCUCCCACAGGCAGCCCAGGAUACAUGGGAAUGGGCACAGGGCCCGAUGGGAACCACCCCAUGGGCCUUCCUGGUAUUGGAGGAGGCACUACCCCAACCGGAGGAGGUGCUGGGGCAGGUGGGCCAAGCGGGGCAUUUCAGGGCCCCAUUACGUCACUCUUUAACAUGAAUCGUCAAGGCGGGUCAGUUGUGGACGCCAUGGGGCAGAUGGGCACCCAGCCGCAGCAAAUGCAGCAACAGGCCCCACAGCACAGCCACAGCUCGGACGACUUCAGCAAGGUGACCCAGAACCCGAUACUAACCAGCUUGCUGCAGAUAACAGGAAGCGUCGGGUCCAGUCCCACCCCCCAGACCUCGGGAGGUUCACAGCCUCACCAGACUCCACCGCCCACCACGUCUCCUGCUAGUAACACCAAAAACCACCCCAUGCUGAUGAACUUGCUGAAGGACAACCCUUCACAGGACUUUGCUGCCCUGUAUGGUAGCAGCCCUCUGGAGAGGCAGAACUCUUCUGGUUCCCCACGGACAGACAGCCAAGGUCAGCCCUGUCAAGGCGGAGGCACCAAGGGCAAAAAGAAGCGUCCAAGGGCAUCUGACAAAGCUGUGACCAGUGCGGGAGGCAGCGUAGGGAUGAAACAGCAACCUCCGCAACAGCAGGUGGGGGGCAUGACCCAGCAGCUCCACCACACACACCACCCGACCGAAGACGACUUCCACCGUGAGCUCUUCUCCAUGGACGUCGACGCCUCGCAAAACCCAAUCUUUGAUGUCAAUCUUCCGGGUGAUGGGCUGGACACGCCUCACAGUAUCACGCCAGCCCCAAGUCAGUGCGGGACCCCGCCCACAGGUGCUGGGAUGCCGUACCACCCACAGUCACACGUUCAGGCUCAGACGCAAGCUCAGUCCCAGCCAGCAGGGUCAAUCCCUCGCAUGGUACGGCUCUCCAGCUCCGACAGCAUCGGCACCGACAUCAACGACAUUUUGUCUGAUCUUCCUGACCAGGCCCCUAAGGGCAGCAGUGCAAGUCAUGGACAGCAUCACAUGGCUGGGGAGGAAGGCGGAUCCCUGGGAACGCCGUUAAGGGAUUCCUCCAGCUCCGGACAGGGCAGCACUGUAUUCGAGGCUGAUCUGUUUAAUGCCAACAGCAAUGAGAAUCCCUUCACUGAUCCAGCAGAUUUGAUUGCAGAAGCCACUACAGCAGCAACACCAAACAGUGAUGUCUCCUCAAGCAAUUUCUUCACAGACACAGAUUUUAACCCAGAACUGCUUCCUGGACAGGCGACCUUCUCACAGAAUUACUUCGAGGACAGUUCGCCAAGCCCGGAGCCAGAUAUGGAGUUGGUGAAGGGCUUCAGUGGGGGCAGUCAGCAAAACACCCCCUCAGGAACUCCUCAGAAUCCCACCUUGCAUGGGCGAAGCACCCCUGACACCUCCUUAAAGGACCCUUUUGACAUGAGCUUGGUUUUCAGUGGUAACAGCGGAGGAGGAAAGCCACUGCUGGGCCCAGCGCCGGAUAUGGGAGACUCCCAUUCCUCUCACGGAGCUGGAAGCCAGAGUCCGCUCAUGAUGAGCAUAGGCUCAAUGGGCAGUGACUUCAAAAGCAGUGAACUAAAAGUCAAGCAGCCAAUGAGACUGAAAGAAGACAGCGGAGGAGGAAACUCUGGUAUGGUGAUGGGAGGUACUGGUUCUUCUGAAGCGAAACAGGUCAAACGCAGUCGUACCCCUUCCAGCGAGGGAAAGUCAAAAGACAAACCACCCAAGCGGAAAAAGCUGGAUCCUGAUGGGAAGUCUCCCUCACACAGCUCAGGAGGUAGGCCCUAUACCCCUCCAAGCGGGAGUGUCGUGGGCACUGGAGGAUCGCUCGUUGGAGGGGGGUCCAAAUCUCCAGGGAGUUCAGGUCGUUCUCAGACCCCUCCAGGAGGUGCCACACCUCCUAUACCUAAAAUCACAAUACAGAUCCCCAGGACCUUAACAAAGACAUCUUCUCAUGGAGCUUAUACAUCGAGCAGUUCCACCAGUGGCAGUGCUGGUGUUGCCAGUGGCACGAGUAGCAGCAAAAGCCACCAUUCCCACUCCUCCUCAUCCAUGGGGAAGAUCAAAAGCAGUAAGUUGGAGGGCUCCAUGGGACAAGGCAACAGCUCCAAGCCACCUGGAACAGUAGGCAGUGGGAGUGGCCUGCCUACUCAGUCCAAAAGCUCCUCCUUGGGGAUGGGUUCAGGCAAACCGGGCUCUUCUCCAAUUACCAAGCACGGAAUGUCUGGAUCAAGUGGUGGUGGCAGUGGUGGAGCAGUGAGUGGGAAUAAAAUGAAGGCCCAGGGAGGCAAGCCUCCUGGAUCCCUGAUGAAUCCCAACAUUAAGCCCAACAUCUCUCCCUCACACUCUCGCUCUGGCACCACGGAAAAACUUUCGUCCCCAAUGAAGCUUCAGCAGGGCCAGGUCCCUGGUACGCCUCCGUCCUCAAAAGCAAAGUCCCCGAUUGGUUCUGGAAGUGGUAGUUCCGGAGGGACAAAGUCCUCUUCUGGAUGUGGGAUGAGUUCCCAAAAGCAGUUAGGAAGUGGCUCAUCUUCUGGCUCUUCCUCAUCCUCUACUUCCUCUGCUGGCUCCUCCUCUUCCUCGGGUUCCAUGUCCUUUUCUUCCAGCCAGUCUCAGUAUGGGGGGAGUGGAGGAGGUGGAGGGGGCUGUGGUACAGGGGGAGGAGGUGGCAACAACCCCAAUGCCAAGGGCAAAUCUCCUAGCCGAAACAAAAAGCCAUCGCUGACAGCAGUGAUAGACAAGCUGAAGAGCGUGGGUGGCGGCGGGAUUGGAGGAGAGGAGGGCGAAGGAUGCGGGGGUGGCGGAGGUGGUGCUGGAGGCGCAGGCGGAGGAGUUCCCCAAAACGUUGGCCCUCCAUCCUCCAAGCAUGUCAUGUCCUCACAGGGAGGAGACUACCUCAGCAAACGAGACAAAAUGGACAGGGAAAGCAAGUUGAAGUCCGUGUCUGCUCCAGGGGCCGGCUCCAGUGACAAAAAGCUUAUGGACCCAAAGGGCGGUGGGGUGAGCAGCACAGGUGUGGCUAAGAUCAUUAUCAGCAAGCCAGAUGGCGGUUCUCCAAGCAUAAAGUCUAAAGUCACCCUCCAGAAGCCAGGGGAGGGAUCAGGUGAAGGCUCCAUGCGGCCCCAACAUUCGGGCCUCAAAGCGUCACCCAUGUUCAGUGGCUCAACACCUAAACACGACCGCAGCUCCCCCAGUCACAGCCGGUCGCCGGGGUACACGCCUCUGAACCCAGACAGCGAGAGCGAGUCUGGCAGCAGCUCAGUUGCAGAGAAAUCCCAUCAGAACAGCCCCAGCUCAGACGACGACCAGACCAUGAGACCCCUCCAACCGCCGCAAGACUACAUGAGCUCCAUGUCGGUCAGCCUGGGAGAAAAACACAAGAAGCACAAAAAAGAGAAAAAAAAGCAGAAAGAGAGAGAGCGAGAGAGAGAGAGGGACAGAGAAAGGGAUCGAGAGAAGGAGAAGAAAAAGUCAAUGUCUUGUGGCCCUUCCUCUCACCCAAUGAAAGCAGACAGUUGGUCCAGGUCUCCUAUGUCUUGCUCAGACCCGUCUAUGUCCAUGCUUGGCUCUGAGCGGACCUCUCGACUCAGUCCCAUGUACAUGCAUACUGAGGACGAUGACCUCAUGGAUUCUGCUCUAACUGGCAAUCUAGAACCAUUCAAAUAAUCAUUUGUUUGAGAAGGUCACUUGGGAUGUAAAUGUUUGCUGUCAUUUGUUUAUUUUAUUUCUAAUUUUACAUUUUAGAAUAUUGGAUUUCUGUAACUCGAUAAAGGCCCUGUUAUUUGAUUAACGUUACUCAUGCCACUUUUAACGCAGUCCUCAGUCUGCGGUCUGUCAAUCUCUAAGUAACUGUUAAAAAAAAAAAAAAACAGGUGAGGUUUUUAAAAAAAAGUUUUAAAUGGAAAGAGUGAACCCAAACCACUGGAUUCAGGGAUUGAGAUACAAGGUUUUAAGUUGCUGUCAUGUUGUACAGUUACAGUCAUCAAGCCUUUAUCAGUAAUUAUUGAUCAUGAAGUGAACAUUCUAAACCUGUCAAUGUAAAACUACACUGUGAAAUUCAACAUGAUCAGACUGUCUAAAAUAAUCUAAAUUAUUUGUAAUGACCAGUACUCAAGUUAACUGAACAAGCUUUUUUUGUCUAUUUAAUGUUUACCUUUUGUCUAAAAGGGGGGGGGGGGGGUCCCACUGUAUUUUUUUCAAAGUUAAAAAGUGAGAAAGAAAAAAGCUCCCUUCUCCCCUGAAACGCUCUGUGUUUAAAACUAGAAUAUCCAGAUUUUAUAGUAUUGGGCCAAUAUGCCUUAAUUUUGUUACAGUAUUUUAAUACACUCCUUUAUCAUUUGGUUAUUUGUAUCAUGAUUAUUUAACAGGAAAUCUUUACAUGUAGCUUUGCCUGCGCAGAGGAGCAUUGUAGAUUAGGUUAGCGUUUUCCCUUUCUUUGUAAAUAUGCAGAUCGUUUUAGUGGACUGGAAUAAACAUGGCAACGCUGAGGGUGUGUGCGUCUUGAGCCUGACUGUGACGUGCAUCGCCCACCAGCAGGUGGUGCUGUCGUACCUAAAAGUCGACUAGUCUGUGCAAAGUCGAAUUUAUUUUUAUUUUUUUUAUUAUUUUUUUUUGUGGGCGAGCAGUCUGAGCAAGAGUUGAAAAAUGUGGUGCUGCGGUAGUUUUUCUGCAGUCAUGAAAAUAAUGUUUUAGUGACGUUGUUGUAAAUGGCUAGAAAAUUAAUUUGGUAGACAGUUAAAGCACUAGCAUCAAUUAAGAUAUUACUGAGAACCAUAGUCCAUGCAGAAUCAGGUAUUAGUUGUUAAGAAAUAACAGCAAUUAGUGGCAGCCUUGAAUGUCUACAGAGGUUUGAAUGGAAAAUGGAACAGCUUUUUAAAAAUUAAUCAAAUGUGUAAACAUAUAUUUUUUUUUAAUUCUCAAUUUUGAGCAAUGUGGUCUUGAACAAUAAAGUGACGAACAUGCAAUGCUGUGAUUGAUAA